GGGAGAGGGGACAUAAAAACAAAGUGUUGUGUCGCCAGGUCAAAGGUCAAAUGUGUGUGUCACAUGGUUGAAACCAGGAAACGGAGAAGUGGUAUCAAUCCGCAGUCGCUUCCUUUAUCUUUACAGUGGAGCAGAAAUAAGGCUUUUUAGGCUUCAAUGAACUGACUUAUCAAGGACGAUGAGAGACCGAGUGGAAUAUGAGGUCUCCCCAGUUCGGGACUGUCAAAAUGGAAUCUCUAUAGAUCUCAUCCUGCACCUGUCACUCAUACCAGCAGUGUUGAUCGUAGGGGUGCUCUCAUUCCUCCAGAAAAGAGCCCAGAGACUGGCCAUCGACCGCAGACUGCCCUUCCUGGGGGGACGUUUUGCCAUUGUGGUGCCUUUGGACACUAUAGGCAGCCUCAGUAACCGCUGGUCCUAUGGGUUUGCAUUUGGUGCCGUGUCCUGCAGCGUCCUGCUGCUCUUCUCUGAACGUUACAUCCCCUUCACGGUCCCACCCUGGGCCAGAGCUAUAGUGUACCUGGUCGGAGCUUUAGAAGUGGGCCUGGUGUAUUUCCCUUUCUUUGCCUGUCUGUCCACACCGUUCAGAGCAGCUGGUGCUGUGCUGGGAAUACUCUACUCUUUGUCCUGGAUCAUCGUCACAGUCUGGGAUACAUUCACCUGUCCUGAUGGUAAGAUUUUGGGUCAGUACCAGAAGUUAAUUGUCCAGUGGCCCUGCAUCCUCUCCCUCAUCUUCCUCUUGGGUCGAUUUGUCUACAUGCUGGUUAAAGCUGUUCGAAUACGUCUGCAACUGGAACAGGAGGACCUCGAGGAGCUGAAUGAGCAACACCAGGUGCAGCAUGUUAAGAGACUGUUGAGGAAAACAGCUGCACCCAGUGAGCCCCUUAGCUGGUUCCAGAGUCGAGUGUAUGAGUGGGACCCCUACUUCAAGUUCCCCAACAGGAUCAUUGGCACUGCCAUCAUAUCCCUUAUAGGCCUAUAUACAAUGACUCUAGCAGACUACAGUCUCAGUAAUGUGGCCUUUGACCAAGUAGACAAGUGGAAGAAUACACUACAGCAACUGGUUUUGUCCUGUAACCAGACUGAAGCUCUGGGAGCCAUGAUACCACAGCUGGAGGAAUUCAUCCUUGUGGCUAGGAUGUCUUGGCUAGCUACCACAAUCUUUGCUAGUCUCAACUCUGUUGCCUACACUUUCCAUGUAUUGGCAUGUUACAGGAAACACUUGAAGAGACUGUGGAAAGGACAGAAGGGUUUUCUUCCUGAGAAGUUUCACAACCCUCAUUCUGCUGUCAGCAUAGCUUCCAUUGCAAGAUACUCUGGAUGGCAAAUAGCGUUUACACUGUGGGGCUAUCUGAUUGUCCAUUUUGUCCACUUCCAGUUUGCCCUGCUCUUGGUCUAUGGGCUGGUUCUUCCUAUACAGCAUGGAAAAGUACUGAGCAUGCUCACUAACCUGGGAAUCAUUGUCUUGACUAUCGGUCUAGUGAUCGGCCUGGUGAUACUCCAGGUGGCUCUGGUUCAGAUCUUCUUCCUCCAGGACAAAAUAUCUCCUACAGAUAAACAGAAACCUCUGGCUCUCAACAACAGAAAGGCGUUCCACUGCUUCAACUACUUCUUCUUUUUCUACAACGUGGUGAUGGGGAUCAGCAACUGCGUCUUGAGGCUGCUGUGCAGCAUUGUUGUAGGAACGUGGCUGGUGUCCCGCAUAGACCGAACCAUUAUGCAGAGAGGAUAUGAAACCAUGGAUGCGGGCUACAGUACCUGGAUUGGGAUGAUCUUUGCUGACCACUAUCAUAACAAUCCAGUCAUGGUGUGCUUCUGCCAGCUGCUGGUCUCUAACAAGCUGGAGAGACACACUGCAUCUGCAUACUCCACAUUCAGCAACAUGCCAUCUGAACCUCCUGUGAAUAGCCAGGCCAAGAGGCGCUGGAUGCUGUUUCUAACUUUACUGAGAAAUCCUCGUCUGAUCCUGCUCAGAAAGCACCACCUCUGCUCAUCUUCAUCGUUACAGACAUCAUCAUCUCCCCCAUCAGACAUGGUGCUGCGGGCUUGGGUCAUGGCCUCACAAAUGCAGAGUUGCCAAGCAGCACUACCAGAGAUCAGAGCCACACCACAAGAAGACUGUUAAAGAAACAUUUCCAUAGAUUCUGACCCUGUGCCCUUUAGUGGUGGGUCCCCAUGUUGUAACAGGAGUACUGUGCUGUUUUCAAUGACUCUGGUUUGAAGACUGUCAUUUCACAAAGGUUUUGGCAAAGUCAGUGCAUCUGAUUUUAUUUGACACCAAAACCCACUUCACCUGACAACAUUUCUGAGGAAAAGCCUAGCACUGACGUCUGACUGAUAUAAUCUGGUUAAUGUGAUCAGGUGAUAAGGUAACCAGUCUAUCAACUCAGAGGUAGCAUUCCCAUUGAGUAAUUUACAUAUUUGGGAUUUCAUUUUUGAUUUAAUGAAAUUGUGAUAAAAAGAUUACGUGUCUCAUUCCAGAUUGACUGUAUGCUGUUCAAUGGUUUCAUGAAUGAAUGGUCAGAACCAAAGCAUUGGUUGAAAAAGCACGAUUUAAGUCAAUUCUGAUCUGUUGUACUGUACAUAGACAUAGAGUUAAAUGUGAACCUUUGUACAUUAUCAUAAUAACACUCGUAACAUCUAUUCUAGAAAUGGUUGUGGUGCACUACAGCUGGCCAUUUCUGUUUAUUGUAUUAAAACCAUGUGAGCUACACUGCACUGCUAUUCUGCUUGUCCUUCUAGGUUUUUGUUAUAAAAUGUAACUGGUUAUAAACUUGUAUGCAUAGUUGCUGUAUAUUCUCA